GAAGGAAGGAGAACCGCAGAGAAAAAAAUUGUUUCUUUUAAAAACAAUUACUUUGCAAUUCAUUCCAUUUCAAUCCAAUAACCUCGUCACCACGUCUCAAUAAAGCACAUCCAUUUGCUGAUUGCUAAUUGCUGCGAUUGCGCCUCAAAUCAAUCAAUCAUUUCGUGGCCCUUUUUGCCCGUGGUAAGUUAUUUCAUCAUAUCUUUGUCGCAUCGCUGCAUCCUUCCCUCCCCUUCCCCUCCCCUCAUUACAGGUACCAACUCUUUGACUCUUUGGUCGCAAGCGUUGCUGCACCUCUCCCCCUCUCCAUCGAGGCCUCCAGUUCCUCGACGGCACAAUACUCAUUGUUCUUUCUACUUGUUCGCAGCGAUCUCCAGCCAUCCCGAACCAUACCACUUCUUAUGCGCAAUAAUCACCGGGUCAACGCUGUCGCAAAAAAAUAUGCAUCCCAAAAUGCCAACCACCGCUAAAAGACCCUAUCGUCGAGACUCAAUGAGGGAGGAGGUAGAUAUUCCCGACUCCUCACCUUCGCGCCCUCCGAAGAGAAGAAAGAGGGCUUCAGAACCCAAACCCAACCCCAAAUCCAAACAUCCAACCGCAAAUCAACAACCAGCCGUGCCCGAGAUGGAAAACCAGGAGGAGAUUAUUUUUAAGCUCAAAAAACAUUUGGGCUUACCUGGUGUCGUGCAAGUUCUCGAAGACCACGCGGAUGAUAAAUAUGAACAAGAGUACGGAGGAGGAGUUCAAGCUUUCGCAAAGCUGGCUGGAAAGGGUUGGACUUAUUAUGUCAAGGAUCAGGAGGUUCAGAUUGGGCGCAACCCGAACGAGGGUCAAGAAGAAGCUCCAGGAGCUGCUGCUGAGGUCGAUAUUGAUCUGGGUCCAAACAAGAUGAUUUCGCGACAACAUGCCAGAAUAUUCUUCGAUGAUGGAUGGCGAUUUCAAGUCAAUAGCCGCAACGGAGCCAAAGUCAACCAUACGACGUUUCACCGCAAUCAUGGGCCAAAGGAGCUGCAUAGUGGAAAUGUCAUCAAUAUCUCGGGCAUCGAGAUGAUAUUCGUUUUACCCGGUGGUCCCUUUGAGGUUGAUCCGGAAUACCUGCGAAAAAUUGAGAGUGCCGUGGACGAUGUAGAGGAAGCCGACGAAGCAGAGGACGCGGAGGACGCGGAGGAUGUAGAGGAUGUUGAGAGAUAUAGCGAGGAACCUCAUGAUGUUCCUUUGCCUCCUCCAACUAAUGGAGCCCGAGUUCAGAAUGGAGUCCCACAAGCGAUUGCUCCAGCGCCAGCUAAUUGGCAACGCGCUGCUACUCCUCGUACCUCUCUGAAAGUACCGAGUUCUGCCAAGAGACCCCAUACGAGUUAUUCGGCGGGCGGUACAAUGAUUAUGAAUGAUUCUGAAAAUGUCGACCUCAGUCUUGAUUCCAAUCACCAUAUCAAGCCUGGUUACAGUUAUGCGCAAAUGAUUGCGCAAGUAAUUUUUGAAGCUCCAAAUCAAAUGUUGUUAUUGAAUGGUAUUUACCAAGCCAUCAUGGCCAAAUACGCUUAUUACAGAUUUCAAGCACCCGGCGGCUGGCAAAAUUCGAUCCGCCACAACUUGUCACUUAACCAAAAUUACGACAAGAUACCACGUGGAAAGGAUGAGCCCGGAAAAGGUAAGAAGUGGUUUAUCAAGCCUGCGUGCUAUGAUACAAUUGCAGCACUCGCACAAUCCGCUCCUGGCAGAGGUGGUGGUCACCGAGGAUCUUCACAGCCAGCAUCACCAAUCACCACUGCCGAUCGAGGGUUCGAUGAUGAAUCCAGUCCGGAUUCUGUCAGUAGAAAAAGGAAAUCUCCAGCUUCACGCUCACCACGAAUGAGACCACACCAAACUAACAGACUGCAAUUCACCCCCGAACGUGCCCCCCGGAUCCAAAGCUUACAGCAUGAUUUCCCCGGCGAUGGAAGUCCACUACCUCGACAUCAUCGACGAGCUCAGAAGAACGCCCCUGGAUUUUCUGACAAUCUGCCCAAUUCUCCACCUACCCUCUCAUCUUCUUAUCAACAAGAUGAUGGUAACACAUUUGUCACGCCAGCUCCCCAUCGUGUUUAUCCUCAUUUAGCACCGCCAAGCACUGCGCAGCGACCAAGUCAACACAUGCCAACUAGCUCCCCUGCUCCAUUUUGGACAUUCGCUGACGGUACUCCUCAACAUGGAUAUCGUGGUUAUGACAAUAGUCCUAUCAAGGGGUUUCAACCUAGCGCCCUUCCCGAUAGCAGUCCGCCCCCAAUGCGACGGGCUUCGGCUAUGAGUCCCACCAAAAAUGCAGUUAUCGGCAAACUUCAGAUGCCAGAUGUUGAUGAGGUUGAAGAGGAAGAAGAAGAAGAAGAAGAAGAAGAAGAAAAAGGGUUUGAUCUUACAAAGGGUUUCCAAAGUAUUUCUCAAUUUCAUCUCGAGGGCGUUUCCAAACUUACUGCGACACCUGUAUCAGGCUCCCUUGCGGCUCGCAUUUGAAUUGCCUCGUCGAUAUAGAUUGUGUUUGCAAUUUUUGAUUUUGUUUUCUUUUUACCUCUGUAGAAUGUGAGAGUCCACCCUACCUACUUGCUUUAUUUGUAAGCAUACCACUACUAUAUCGACGAUUAUCCUUCCUGGGCACUCCACCAAGUCACUCUCACCUACUCAUUUAUAUUUACAUCAACUCAUAAUGCGGCGUUAUGCAAAGGAGGUUAUCGGAUUGGAAGGUUAUUUGAUCAUGUUACAUUUUCCCCACGAGUCUUAUAUGUUAAAGGUUGGGAGUAUGGGUUAUGCUUUUUGUUAUGUACAUUUAUUGGUGGGACUGGGAUCGGUGUUUAAUUAAAAUGGGACAGAAAGGGAAGGAAUGGAAAGAGAAUUGGGGAAUAGGGAGACUUGCAUUUGAUAUUUGGUUUUUACGAUGGAUGGGUGGUAAACUUUAGAUAUGGCCGGUUAUGAUUCAAUGGUUAUGAUGAGUGGAUACGAACUCAUAUGGAAGGAGGACAAUGGAUCACUGGCACCGCAUGGCUUUUAUUUUGCUUUUUGGGAUCACAUGUAUAUAGGAAGGUGUAUAGGAUUGAAGCUAUUGCUAUUAGUUAGGCUUUGAUAUCGAAUUCUCUUGGA